CCUUGGUUUUUUAGUCAUCUCUCCCUUUUCUCUCCGCCGCCGGGCCAGCUACCUAGGGUUACGCCCCAUCAACAAUCCCAAAGGGCAGAGGUGGUGGAGGCGGCGGCGCAAACGCAUGGCUGAAGGCGGCGUGCCAACGAGGUUGAUAACGGGGGCGGGGGAAGAGAAGGCGGAGGCGGAGAUGGAUGUGGACUUCGAGUUCGCCUUCGAUAAGGAGGCCUUCUCCGACAUGGUCUUGCGGAUAGAGGUCGUCGGCACUAGCCGCAAGCGCCACCGCUGUAAGGCUGAAGAUAAUAAUGGAGAAGAUAUUAUCCCUUCUUAUGUUAUGAUGGGUACGCCCGUUUUACAAGUCAAGACCAUACAUGUCAGUUCGAUGAUCCUCGCCGCAAGAAGUUCUUUCUUUUUUAAGCUUUUCUCAAAUGGCAAGAAAAAAUCUGGUCAAAGGCAGUCAACAGUUAGACUUGUUGAUUCAGAGGAAAAUGCCUUUAUGGAGCUUUUACGCUUUAUGUACAAUGGAAAGUUGACACCAACAACUGAGUCCACUCAUCUGGUUGAUAUCUUGAUGGUUGCUGACAAAUUUGAAGUCGCUUCGUGCAUCAAGCUUUGCAGUCAGAGGCUCGUAGGCCUGCCUAUGACCCCAGAAUCUGCAGUGAGGUGCCUAGAUCUCCCAUGUUCCAUCCCAAUGGCAGCUGAUCUAUCAGAGGCAGCCAAGAAAUUCCUUUCUAAAAGAUACGAGAAAUUCCUGUCAACAAAGUUCCAAGAUGAACUGAUGAGGAUUCCUCUCGCUGGGAUUGUAGCCAUCUUAUCAAGGAAUCAUCCCGGGGUUGCAUCUGAAGAAUCCGUCUAUGACUUCGUGCUCAGGUGGGCCGACUUGCAGUACCCAAAUUCAGAAGAAAGACACAAGAUUUUGAGUUCAAGUUUACUUCCACUGGUGACAGUAGGGCGUAUCAUGUCCAGUGCCAUCCUGAUUGAGCAGUCGUCUUGUAUGAUCAACUUUAGCAUAAAGCGUGAGCACUGCCGCGGGCUCUUACCAUCAGGAUCAAUACACUCGCCACCAUUCUAUUGCGCAGGGCAUGGUUUCUUCCUCUCGGCGCUCGGUAGAACGGAGCCAUUCAGCUCUUUUGGUCUCUUAGUAAGGAAGCUAGAAGGCAAUGUCCCGCUCAGGGGGACAAUAGAUUAUGAGAUGGAGGUAAUGGCGAGGCGGUCGUCGGAGUUUGCCUCCAUAUCGAGGCGCGCCACCACCACCGACAUUAGACAAGCUUUUGGGUGCAGGAUUCCUUGGUCGGAGAUCAGUGCUGAUGAUAGCCCCUUCUUUGUCGACGAUAAACUCCAUCUGCAAGUUCGCAUGAAGAUAACGCCGCAUCCGUAGUGAUGCACUCCUGGUGACCGGAAAUGUAGCGCGUGAACAUCCAGAGCCUGAUCGAUGCUGGAGGUUUCGUAGUGUCGUGUAUUCUUACCAGAGAAGUCACUGAACCGUUAAUGUGCACUUUGUUGUAAGUUGGCUGAUAUAGAUUGCUGAUGGCCUGUUUGACUAA